AUGCCCUCGCCUUUGAUCGACUAUGACUGUGUGCAGGAUGGCGGACACUGGCUUUGGGGACACGAAAUGAUGGCUCACCAAACUCCAUACGAAGGGGCGUAUACUGAAUGGAUGAACCGGUACGGACCGGUUUACAAAAUCAAAGGAGCACUGUUUCACCCAGACAUUAUUGUUAUUGGAGACCAAGUUACAGUUCGCCACAUACUUGGAAAGAUGACUUACGCAUAUGUAAAAUCGCCAAUAAUCCGCACCCUCACUGAACGCCUUGUUGGAAAAGGUCUUGUUUGGGCGGAAGGUAAUUUACAUAAGCGACAGAGACAAGAACUUGCACCUUUUUUCACAGCUCAAGCAACUGGCAAUAUGUUCAAUAAUAUUAGUGUUUGCGCGAGCAUGGGUGCUGAUAAUCUUGAAGCACACAUCAUCAAUAAUACUGGAAAUCCCAAACAAGGUCUAACAUUAGAUAUAGUGGACUGGACUGAGUCGAUAACGCUAGACAUUACCGGCCGCUUCGCGCUCAAUUAUGACUUUGAAUCUGGAAAGGGCCACGCUGCAAAAUUUAUCAAGCAGUCUUGGAAAAAACAAUCUUCCACUAAUCUGCAUUGGACAGCAGUACUUCCUGAAAGCUCAGUUGGCCGUCAAAAGAAUACUUCAAGAGAUCUCACAGAUAAUCGUAAACCAGAACCUACUUUCGGUACCUUACACUUACUUGUCCCUCGUGCUUUUCAAGUCAAGUUAUCUAAUGAAGGUCAAAUUGAAAGUACCAAGGAUGAACUCUAUGACCAUGUAUGCACCAUGAUUAUUGCUGGUCAGGAUACCACUGCAAGUAGUCUCGCAUUCAGCCUGCACCAGCUCGCUAUGUACCCCGGAUACCAGACUCGCCUUCGCGACGAAAUCUUCCAACUAGGUCGUGAACCAACGUACGAUGAUCUUAUGUCAGGAAUGCCGUGGCUCGAUGCCAUUAUGAUGGAGAGUUUCCGUCAUCGGCCUGUUGUUCCACACCUGGAACGAGUUGCAACCGAGGACUCCGUACUGAGGUUUGGGGGUGCGAUACAAGGGUCGGAUGGGAAGAAGAUCACCGAGGUUUUGAUCAAGGCAGGACAGGCUAUUAUCAUACCUGUCAUGUCUAUUAAUCAUAUGAAGUCGGUCUGGGGUGACGAUGCCGACGAAUUUAAACCUGAAAGGUGGUUAGAUCCCGCACGACUCGAGCUCGUGAACAGGAAGUUUGGAUGGAAUGGCAUACUGACUUUCUCAGAUGGACCGCGUCAAUGCAUCGGAUAUAGGAUGGCUGUUCUCACAUUCAAGACCACCCUAGCAACAUACAUUCGGAAGUUUGAGUUCCACGAUACAGGCGCAGUUAUGCAUGCCCGAUAUGUAGGAACGAUGCAAUCCUAUGUUGCAGGUGAAGAGGGCAAAGGAACACAGAUGCCCCUUCGGGUAACCCUGGUCGAUGAUUCAGGGACCAACUAG